GAGAGCGGAGUGAGAGAGCUGAGCCAGUGGGAGUUGAAGAGUGUGAAGUGAAGUGUGAACUGAAUGAAAAGAAUUACUGAAACCUGACACAGAACUGUCUCCUUGUGUGUGUGCGUCAUAACGGAGAUCAGGAACAGAGUGAUACAGUGGUGCCCAGCUUCCCGCUACGACAUGUCAAACCCGCAGAACUACCAGCCAGCUCAGGCACUAGCUCAAAUGAUGGCCAGCAUAGCGGCCUUGCAGCAGGAGCAGGCGGCAGAGCACCAACGUCAUCUGCAAGACCUGCAGGCCCUGACUGAGCGGCAGACGCAGGUGCUACAAAACUUUUUGGCUCAGUUUGGGGCCGCUGCGAAUCCGCCCCCUCUGGACGGGCUGGAACUCUCCCCAGAAGACCAUCAUCACCGCAUGGAAGAAAUAUCGAUGCCAGGGGAGGAAGAGCCAAAUACAACUCAACCACAAAAGGAAUCAGUCAAUACUUCUGGUCAAGAUUUGCCAUCCAUAAGUGAAAAAGGAAAGAGAAACUCAGAUCAUUUUCAGGGUGAGUCCAGCCAAUGGCAACCACCUCCUAAACGACAAUACAACUGUGCAGCAGGAUCACAGUCAGAAAAAGAAAUACUGUUUGAGGUCAAAGAGAUAAUGAGACAUGUCAGUGAAGGACUACAUGGCCGUGACAAGCUCAAACUUUUCCUAAAGGAUAAAAUCAAGGAUUUGGAGACAGAAAAGAGACACCUGGUUGGUGUCUUUGGUAAAACUGGGGCUGGAAAGAGCGCUUUAAUCAAUGCCAUCAUAAAUAAGGAGGGCCUGUUGCCUUCUGCAAGUGUCAGUGCAUGUACCUCAGUAAUGAUAAAGGUGGAGGCUACCAAUGGAUCAAAGUAUGAGGCACACAUCGAGUUCAUUACAAAAAAGGAUUGGGAAGAUGAGGUGCGAUCACUAAGACAGGUUUUUGAAGACAACCACGACCAUGACGACGAUGAUGAUGACAAUGAUGAUGAUGAUGAUGAUGAUGAUGAUCUAUUUGACCCUAAUGGAAAGUUAUCAGCGCUGUAUGGAGAAGGUUGGGGGAAAAAUCCACUCUCAGCCUCAUGGAGAAAGGAUAUUUUGUGGAUAUUCCAGAGUUUCUAAAUUCCGAAAUAAAAUUUUGAAAAGUGACUCAGCUGAAGGGUUGUCUGAAGAAUUGGUGAAAUAUACAAGAAGUGAGUCAAAUGAGACAGAAGAAGUAAAGAGGUGGUACUGGCCGCUUGU